AUGCACAUGCGUAACUUGGUUACAGCUUAUUAUAUAAGCAAGUCGAACCACUUUUCGCAGUCUUCUCUCAGACACAAUGUCCGCCAAAUUUCUCUUGUGUUCCCCACUCUUGCCGACUAUGCUUUUGCCACUCUAAGAUGCCUUUCUACUCAUGCAGCGACCGUCAUAGUAGAAUCCGCAACUUAA